AUGGCCGACCAGGAAGCCCUCGCCGCUCUUCGCCAACAAGUACAACAUCUUCAAGAGCAACUUCAGGCCCAGCAACAAGUAAUCAAGAACCAAGAGCAGCAACUCCAUGAACAGCAGCAACGCACCCAAAGUGAACCGCACUCAUCUGACAAUGCUGCGCAGCCGCGCUCGGGCCACGCCCCCCAAAGCUCUGCUCCAGUGGGCACCACCACUCCAGCGGCCACCGCCAACACGGACGUCUGUCGCGUCACCGUCAAGCUCCCACCCUUUUGUGCAGAGUCACCCGAGGUGUGGUUCGCUCAAGUCGAGGCGCAGUUUUCAAUGGCACCUAUUACUCAGGACCGGACGCGCUACGACUACGUCGUCGCCCACCUAGACUCUCGAUACGCAGCUGAGCUCCGCGACGUACUCGCAAGUCCUCCAGCUAACGACUGCUACCUGCAGCUGAAGAGGGAACUAAUUCGGCGGCUUUCACCUUCAGAAGACGAGAAAUUAUGUCAACUCCUUCAACACGAAGCGCUCGGUGACCGCAAGCCAUCGCAGCUCCUGCGCCUUAUGCGUCCCCUCGCGGGCAGCACGCCUGUUGACGACUCCCUCCUGCGAAUAAUGUGGCUUGACCGUUUACCCUCUCACGCUCAGGCCAUCCUCAAGGUUCAGCCGAAUCUGCCGCUGGACCAGCUCGCCGAAAUCGCCGACCGAGUCGUCGAAGCCUCUCCACUGCCACCACCCCUUUUCGUCCACGCCGCCGGCAGCCCACAGCCCACCCCCGAGCUCGCUAGCCGUAUCGACGAAAUCGUCCGUCAGGUGGAUUCUAUUCAAAGGCAUCUGGAUCAACGCCCGACGUUGGGUCUCGGAAAACGCACCCAAAGCCGAGGCCGAAACACCGAUUCAUCGCAAGAAAACCACAACGGCCUCUGCUACUACCAUCGUCGCUUUGGUGACAGAGCCCGGAAAUGCUAA